UCGGCUCUUCAGUCUCAUCAGCAGUAGCAUGGCAGCACUCAAGUAUGUAAAUACACGCGCGCUCACAGAGCAGCCUGCGGAAACGCCAACAGGCUGUACUCUAUAAAUGGGGGUGUGCUCUGAAUCCCGGGAUACCGUCCUUUCUGCUGUGAGGGACGUGCUCGCGCUCUUUCUCUUUCAUAAACUGUUCAGGAGAGCGACUGGAGAAGAUCUGUCCGUAUCAUUUGCGAAUUAGGCUAGCCUACUAUAUAGGAUGUUAACUUGAAGAAUGGAAGGUGGUGACGUCUACGUCUUCGAGUUAAAUACUUAAAAGGAGACAAUAACUUUUUACCUGGUUUCAUCGCGAUGAGGGUCUUUGUUUCACAUAGUUGAUAAUAUUGGCCAUAUCUGGAUUAUCUGAGACAGUUCUGGUCACUGGAUUUUUCUCGAAGGAAAGUUUAAAGAAUUCAAGAAUUUGAAAUGCUCUUAAAUGAGCUAUAAUGGGCACUUCAAGAUCUCAAAGGAAUCCUGAACGGUAGCGACCUCCUCCGCACCGCCUGUCCACGCCUCGCCGUCUGAGCCCCGCCCCCCCGUGAUGUUGGCCGUGCACCACUCCAAUGCCUCAGGCCCCGCCCCCCUCGCCCCCUCCUCCAAUCAGAGCCAGGGAGCCGCGGGGGGCGUGGCGGCGGUGGCCUGGACGGCGGACAACCGCACGGCGACGAGCAGGUCCGCCCCUGGCAACCCCGCGGCGGCCGGGCUCUCCAUGACGCUGGGCAUCCUGUCCAACAUCGUGGCACUGGCCAUCCUGGCCAAGGCCUACGCCCGCCAGCGCCGCCGCUCCAAGGCCACCUUCCUCAUCUUCGCCAGCUCCCUGGUGGCCACCGACUUCGCCGGGCACGUCAUCCCCGGCGCCCUGGUCCUGAGGCUGUACGUGGCGGCGGCGACGGGUUCGGGUUCGGGGGCGGGGGCGGAGCCUGGCUCCGGGACCCCGCCCCCCGCCGCUCAGGACUCCACGGACGCCACGUGCCAGUUCCUGGGCGGGUGCAUGGUGUUCUUCGGCCUGUGCCCGCUCUUCCUGGGCUGCGCCAUGGCGGCGGAGCGCUGCCUGGGCGUGACGCGCCCGCUGCUCCACGCCUCGCUGGUCACCACCGCCCGCGCCAAGCUGGCGCUCUCGCUCAUCAUGCUGGCGGCGCUGUCCGUGGCGCUGCUGCCCUACUUCAGCCUGGGCGCCUACACCUACCAGUUCCCGCGCACGUGGUGCUUCAUCCGGGUGCUGGGCCGCACGGGGCCCGAGGACGUGGCCUUCGUCCUGCUCUUCUCCGGCCUGGGCCUGGCCUCCCUGGCCGUGGCGCUGGUCUGCAACACGGUGAGCGGCCUGGCGCUGGUGCUGGCCCGGCUGCGCCGCAGGACCUGCGGCCGACGACGCUCCGCCAAGUCCCACGACAUCGAGAUGGUGGUGCAGCUGGUGGGCAUCAUGGUCACCUCCUGCAUCUGCUGGAGCCCCCUGCUGACCUUUGGCCUGAUGUCGGUGAUGCAGUCCUACAGAGGCUCACUGGGGGAUGACCUGCCCACCUACGAGAAGCUGAUGGUGAUGGGUGUGCGCUUGGCCUCUUGGAACCAGAUCCUGGACCCGUGGGUGUACAUCCUCCUGCGCCGGGCCGUCCUGAGGAAGAUCUACCUCAUCACCAAGCGCCAGACGGCCCUGACGGGGAGCACCUUCCGCCGGUGGGAGGUCGGCUCCUUCCAGAGCUCGGAGAAGAACGCCGUCAACCGGUUAUGAGGUCACACACUCUGCCUGACCUUGGCCUGACCUUGGCCUGUCUCCGGCCUUACCCUGGCAUGACCCUGGCCUUGCCCUGGCCUGACCUUGGCCUGACCUUGGCAUGACCCUGGCCUGACCCCGGGUUACUCAGAAGAGUGGAGGACAGAGAGGGAGGGCCGGAAUUUUGUUUGGCCUUCCAGAGACAUCAGUGUCCUCCGUAGCCAGGCAGUUUUCCGACUCCGCCCAGCCGCCAUCGCCCUGGAAAUCAGGAGGGGUCCGUUCCAGAAAUGGCGGAAUGAUUCCUCUUUCACAAACAGGCUGGGAUCUGUAAAGUUAUCGCCUUGACUCUGACUGCCCUGCCAUCCUUCCACCCGCUGAUGCUUUUGGAUCCCGAAUUCCCCAUUUCUUGCGAACCCAAGUGUUUUCUGCCGUUAGGAAAUGGUUUGUACGGUGGAAUUUUGCUGACCAGUCGAGGGGAAGUGGCUCAAGUUUGGGGGUCAGUGAGGGGGUCCCAAUCAGUCCCCUUCAGAUGAACAAGUUCCCCCAUCUUUCUCAGACGAAAAGAAGAGCCAGUAUAAUAAAUAACUGACCACAGGUCACAGAAAUGAAGUGUGGCAGCCCUUUGGAAUCUGCCAGCGUUAGUCAUAUGGGGUAUUAUUGCGUCUGGCAAAUUCUACCAGGAUUGUGUGUUGCAUCCAUGGACUUCAUCCCUUGAACCAACAUGAAUCGAACAACCUCGACAGACUCUACGGCAGUUUGUUUACCCUUUUUUUUUUUUAUGAGCCUGUGCUUCAGUGUUAAAAUGUCAUGGAUUUAUUUUUGCUUGUAAAGCUUGUAAAAUAAUGUAUUCUAAACCAUGUUCUGUUUGUUUGUUUUUUUGUUAUUCAUCCCGUAACCUUCGCUAAAGCAGAAGGAAUGAAAGGACUGUGCCUGUACCCAUUUUUCCUGUGUGGACACAGGACUUACUGUGUUGUGUAAAGUACGAUGUGUGUAUUUAUUUUCUAUGUUUUCUCUUUUUUCCCCAAUUAUCUGGGGACAUGAAAUGAAGCUAAGCGAUGUUAAAAUACGUUGAAUGUAGCCGCCUCAAAAUGUAAAAACGUUUGUCAUUGGCUUUUCUCCCCUCUUCCAUUGAAAUUCUCUGAAAUGAAAAGACAGACUAGGUUUCCUUUUGCAUGCUUUCAGUUGCAGCAAACCUCAACCGUGGAAAGAGCGCAGGGGCCAAGUAUCACACUGUAAGUAGCUAGGAUGUGGCAAAUAGAUCAGAACCUCGGGAAAUAGCUUCUGAUGAGAGGAAACGUGGCCAGAAAGGUACUAUAAUACCAUGUGUUGUUUGCAUAACUAGAACUCUGCGUCUACUUUAAUUUUAACCAUGGGAACGAAAGGACCUGCCAAGCAUGCUGACUUUCUGUCAAUACCAGCUUGUAAUGGUGCGGUAAUUACUGUAAAUGGUUGGGGUAAAUUAACCACAGUUCGGUUCCCUUUCCAAGGUACUGUGCCCAGUGUGCACCAUAGUACUGAACACAGUAUUGUCAAGCACAGAGCUGGCCUGUACAAAAUCCAUUAGGAACAGACUCCCCACAGAACAGACCUGGGUCAAAUACAUAUUUGUUUUGGAUUCAAAUACUUUUCUACACUGUACUGAUCUUGUCUGGUGCAUUGGAACCAAGGAAAUACUCUCAAAAAGCGCAAACUCCGCCUUCUGGUCAUAUUGGCAGGCUCAGUUCACACCAGGCAAGACGAAUAGAGCACAGAAAAGUAUUUGAAUCCAGAACAAAUACGUAUUUGACCCGUAUUUGAUUUGACUUGAACAAGUGGGAAACAAACGGCUGCAGAUCGCUGACAGGUGAAUGUAAAAUGUGGAGUGUGCCAGGAACAGACUGCAUGUUACGUGUGGUUCCUUUGCUACAUGAUGCUAAUGACAUUUGAAAGGAGCUGCGGUUAAACGAUAAGCACAUGUGGUGCGCUCACACGGCAGGCUAAUGACAGUAAAUGUGUGACUUGCAUAAAUGAUAAUGCUAUAGACGUACCCUCCUGUGUGGUUCAGGAAGUGGUUCCAGUCUUGCUGGGCAUACUGAAGUAAAUGAUCAAUGUGACUGUUGAAUGGAAAAUAAACAUCUCACUGAA